AAGAGAAGUAGAAAGUAUAAUAGUGUAGAGUGUAGAGGUAGGUGCAGUAGAGAGGAAAGCGAAAGUGGUGCCAAAAGUGCUUCCUUUCGAGUUUCGAGUAAUGUCAAAGAAGAUAGAUAACUGUGUGAGCUGAAGUGCUGAGCUCAGAAUCAGAUUCAGAUACAUAGAUGGGAGUACACAGUAUAUGUAUAUCUGUAUCUACUCCGCCGCUUUUCUGCUUCUCCGCUAGUCUUCCGAACACGACCUUGCUUUUCACCUUUGUUUCCGGGGAUAGAUAGAUAGAUAGGGAAAUGGGAUGCGCGGCUUCGAAGCUGGAUAAUGAGGACACGGUGCGGCGGUGCAAGGAGCGGCGGCGGUUUAUGAAGGAGGCCGUCUAUGCUCGCCACCACCUGGCGUCUGCUCAUUCUGAUUAUUGCCGCUCGCUUCGACUCACUGGCUCUGCUCUCACUUGCUUUGCCUCCGGUGAAUCUCUCUCCGUUUCCGACCAAGCUCCGGCAGUGCUCCUACGCGCCUUCAAAACCCCUCCUCCUCCGGUUAAGAUCCACGCGCCAUCUCCUCCUUCCGGUUCCCCCACCAUUGCGUCCUCCAAACUUCCUCAUAUCCUCUCCGCAUCCUCCGUUUCCUCCCACCGCCAACAACCUCCCCUUAAAAAGCCUCUCAAACUCCCUCACAUCCUUUCAGAAUCGAGCCUCGCGUCCACCCCUAAAGCUCGCAAUCUCUUCGAAAACGAAAACUGUACGUACAACGCGAAGGCGAAUUCAACUUACUCCAGCACUCCAUCGCAGGCCUCCUCUGUUUGGAACUGGGAGAAUUUCUACCCUCCGUCGCCCCCGACCUCCGAGUACUUCGAACAGCUUCAGAAAAGCAACGCUCCCUCUCGCGAUAAUUGGAUCGACAACAAUGACGACGGUUUUGAUGCCGAUAAGUCAUCUUCUUACUCUCACGACAAGGAUUAUCGUCAGAAUCCGUCCACCAAGCGAUUCGAUUUCUUCGAUAACCAGAGCGUUGAUGACGAUAAGGCCUCCAAUUACUCUUCACAUUCUUACUUCUCGAAUAGGGAUUUGCGGAAUCUAAAUCCGGCUCAAUCGAGAGAGCAGACAAAGCAUACUCAUCAUCUUAAUUGCGACAGCGAAGCAGAGAGGGAGGAGGUAGAGUGUAGUGAGUGGGGAGACCAUGAUCAUUACAGUACUACGAGCUCGUCCGACCUUGAAGAAGAAGGGGAGAGAGAGGAUUUGAGAUCUGAGAUUGGGGCGACUCGAUCGAAUUUCGGGACCGCAUCGGUGAAGAAUGAGGUUACUACUGCCACUACUGCUCAGCUUAGGUCGAAUUCAAUCAAUCCUUCUGCCACUAAAUCCGAGAUGGAUGACGGAGGGUCCUCCUCGAUGAGCUGGGGAAAUGGGACUGCCAAAGGGGAAAUGAUAUCCGAUAGGAGAAUAGUAGUGAGGCACAAGGAUCUCGCUGAGAUUGUUGCUGCCAUCAAGGAAUACUUUGACAAGGCUGCUUCUGCUGGAGAGCAAGUGUCUGAGAUGCUGGAGACCGGCCGGGCACAAUUGGAUCGGAGCUUUAAGCAGUUGAAGAAGACAGUUUACCAUUCGAGUGGAGUUCUAAGUAACUUGAGUUCAAGCUGGAGUUCAAAGCCUCCAUUGGCAGUAAAGUACAAGUUUGAACCCAGUUCAACCGAUGAAUCAGGGGGUACCAAGAGUCUCUGUUCCACCUUGGAGCGACUCUUGGCUUGGGAAAAGAAACUGUAUCAGGAGGUUAAGGCCAGAGAAGGAGUGAAAAUUGAGCAUGAAAAGAAAUUAGCAACACUACAGAAUCAGGAGUACAAAGGGGAUGAGGAAGGAAAAUUGGACAAGACCAAGGCCUCAAUAACAAGACUGCAAUCCUUAAUUAUUGUCACAUCUCAGGCUGUCUCUACUACCUCUUCUGCUAUUAUUGAUCUGAGGGACUCUGAUCUUGUUCCACAGCUUGUUGAAGUCUGUCAUGGAUUCAUGUACAUGUGGAGAUCCAUGAACCAGUUCCAUGAAGUUCAGAAUGACAUUGUUCAGCAGGUUCGGGGCCUUGUCAACAGAUCAACAAAAGGUCAAUCAACUUCUGAUCUACAUCGGCAGGCAACACGCGACCUUGAGUCUGCUGUAUCUGCAUGGCACUCAAGUUUCUGCCGCCUUAUAAAGUUCCAAAGGGAUUUUAUCCGCUCUCUUCAUGGCUGGUUCAAGCUCACCCUAGUACCUGUUAAUAGUGAGCCUACUAAUGGCAACAAGGAGCUUUCAGAGGCAUUUUCCUUUUGCGAUGAGUGGAAGCUUGCCCUUGACCGUGUCCCAGACACUGUUGCAUCAGAAGCCAUCAAAAGCUUCAUAAAUGUUGUCCAUUCUAUAUUUUUGAGACAGACUGAAGAGCUCAAGAUCAAGAAGCGAACUGAAUCUGCAUCAAAAGAGCUUGAGAAAAAAGCAUCAAGUCUGAGGAGUAUUGAGAAGAAGUAUUACAAUUCAUACUCCAUGGUUGGUAUUGGCCUUCCUGAUAAUGGCCCUGAUACUGGACAUGUGUUGGAUGCGCGGGACCCUUUGGCUGAGAAAAAAGCCGAGCUUGCAUCUUGCCAGCGUAGGGUGGAGGAUGAGAUGCUAAAACACUCUAAGGCAGUGGACGUUACCCGGGCAAUGACUCUAAAUAACAUUCAGACUGGCUUGCCAGGAGUGUUCCAGGCCAUGACAAGUUUCUCUGCCUUGUUUACACAGGCCCUUGAGGCUGUUUGCACCCGUUCAUAUUCUAUUUAAAUGCCUGACUGAUAUUUAAAUGCUGUUACUAUUUUAUUUCCAGCAAAUUUCCCAAUUUUUGUGCCAAGUUGGAGAAAGAAAGGGCUGGCAGUUUUUGUUGGUGGGCUCUUUUUUGUCAAUUGCCUUUAUAUUUGUUUAUGUAGAUAUUUGAAAUUUUGCACUUUUGGCACCUAUUCUGUUGGUGGGAGGAUUGUCGAUGUACAGGAAAUUGUUUGCAUUAAUGUAUUAGACAUUACCUUUUAAAGCAUAUGAAUAAAUGCAUUUCUGUGAGUGUAUACA